UGUUCAAGCCAAACCUUAAAAACCAUGCCUGGGCUGUUCUACUAUGGAGUCCGUUUCUGCUGGAUUACUCUCUUUCUACAUGGAUUAUUUACUUUUAACAUUUCAACCCCAAACCAGCAUCCCAAUGGGACUGUUGUUCAAAACGAGGAGGACAAAAACAGGUAUUCACCAUUUCUUCACCUGAGAGAAAAUCUGUUGUCUUACUCGCAGCCAAUCCGCCCAUACACCCUGCUGACAAACGCUGAAGACUACCACUACAUGCCCAAACCCAGACAUCUCCGGCCUUCUCAGCUCCUGCGUCUUCUGGGAUCCUCCUUUGACCCAAGUUGGAUGUCCAUAGAGCAGCCAUCUGAAGCAUCUAGUCAACUUUUGGGAUAUGUCUCACUUGCUGGGAAAUUCCCCACUACUACCAUGAAGAAGUUAAGUGCUUCUCCGGACCUGAGAGAGGCUGCAGCAAACAAUCUGCAGACACUGGUGAAGGAAGCCGCAGAUCUGGACCUUGGUUUUCUCCAAUCGCAUGUUGCCAGCUCCGUUAGAGACUGGUUGGUGCGCUCUGCCACUUGUGGAUUAACCUACCAAUGGGUGGAUCUGGGUCAGGCUUUCUGGCCACGCUGGCUGCGGCAGACAGACUGCGAAAGAUCAGUUGGAGAGCAAAGUUGCUCCUUUCCGGGCGGGAUGGAGUGCGUGCGAGCUGAAACCGCUCUCAUUAAGAUUCUGGCUUGGCACUGCUUGGAAAACAAAAAGGGAGACGAUGGGUGGAGAAGGAUAAAAGCAGACGGGUCUGACGGUGGCACUGAGAUGAGGACAGGCGAAGCCAAGAACAAAUGUUUAUGGAGGCAAGUGCCUUAUCCUGUGGUCACAGCAUGUACAUGUUCAUGUAAAUGAAAUAGUUCAUCUCUUCAGGGCCAACCAUUUUUAAUUGUCAUUCCAGCUGGGGCUCUAUAUGCAUGCAAUUUUUUAAAUGUCAUUGAGUUGUAAGAAAUUUCCCAAACCACUCAAUAAGACAUUGAUUGCAUUUUAAUGGAUUUAAGAAAAAACAUCUUCCUCCAGAUCAGUUGUUGAGUUGUUUUUCUGUCAAAGUUACUUUAUCCAGCACUUAAUUUCAUGAAUUAAAGCAAUGUUCCAUAUCAUUUGAGGGUAUUCAUCAAUGCUUUGAUAUGGGGCUUAACCUUUAAAUACUUGUUACUUACGAAACAAACACUACUGUCAGCACAACCAAUGUAAAUUCCCCUGGCAUCCAAUCAUGAGGUGCUCCAAAUGAGGAGAACAGUCCGAACAAAUAAUCCCUACAUCCCAGCACCAGUUAUUAUUCACCAUAAAGCACCGGCUCCUUAUAUUCUUCUAUUAUUAUUAAGUAUUUGUCUGUUUUUGUUAAUGCUUUUUUUAACGUGAUUUUUCAACUCUUUGUCUGUUUAUUUGUUUAUUUUUUUUUUUUUAAUGUUUUACUAUUACCGUUUUCUUGUUUUGUAUGGGGGGGUGGGAAUGGGUGUAAAACAUGCACACUCCUGUAUUGUGUUUUUGAUAGUGUAUGCAUUUCAAAGUUGCUAUGUUGUUUAAGAAAAAGGAAAAUAAAGUUUACAAAAAGCAACAUAGAAAAACAUCGCCUUCCAGAAUA